AUGAACGCGAAAAUCACCGCGGCACUGAAGCGCUGUGGGCAGUGCGCGACGUACCAGGAGCUGUGCGGGCGCUUCGAUGCGACGGUGCGUCCACUGCUGGAGAGUUGUCUGAGCGCCGCGUUGGUGCGACCGGUGCGGGAUCACGUGAGCCCGGACGAGUGCAGUCCGCGGGUGGCAGAACUGCGCGAGGCACUGCGUGCUGCCAAUGCGGGGGACGACGUGUGGUUUUUUUUGUUCCGGGCCACCGCAACAUUUGUCGAGCGUUCAGCGAAGAAACGCGGGCGUAAUGGUGACACGGCGAUAUCUGCAAUUGUUGUGAACGUCUUUGUGCUUUUCUACGGCCGCGUGAUUCCGGACCUGUCGAAGCUUCGCCUUCAGUGGGGGUUCCUGAAAAAGGAGCGAUCUAAAUUUGAGGCGAACGAUUCGUAUGUACAUUCCAACGCUGCCGAGCGGAGGAAGGCGUUGAUGACAUCUGUUCUCUCCGUCUUCUCAGAGCGUGCCCACCGGCACUACUUCACCGCACUGUGGCUGCCGUGUCUACACCACGCUGCGGCUGCUGCUCUCCAUCUGCACAUACUGCAUCGCAUAGGCGACGUAAUUUUGCCGCACCUUACCAACCCGCUUGUUGUCGCCGACCACUUGAGCGGCUGCUUUUCUAGUGGUGGCCUUGUUGCUGUGCUGGCGUUGCACGGCAUCUUCCUCCUCAUGCUUGACCACGGCCUGGAAUAUCCCCAGUACUACCAGCAGCUCUACACGCUUGUCACCCCGGACGCAUUUGCAUCGCGCCACCGGUACGAUCUUUUCCGUCUGCUGGAUCUCUCUACAAGUUCCUUGCGUGUUCCCUCAUACAUUGCAGCGGCGUUUGUGAAGAAAGUAGCGCGUGUGGCCCUGCUUUCACCGUCACCGGUACUUUAUUUUGCUCUUCCAUUCAUCCGCAAGGUGCUGCAACGACAUCCCAAUUGCCUCGCUUUGAUUCAUCGCUCCACGAAGGAGGCGGUGGAAGCAGCCGAUGGCGCGGCAGAGACUGGGGAAGUGGAACAGCCAAAUAAAUCGGGGAAGAUUGCGAAAGAGGAGGCACAACGUUUGACAGCGUCACUUUUCGAUGGUAAUGAUCCUUUCUUGGAGGAGGCGAGUCUUGAAGCGUGCCACGCAUUGCACAGCACAUUGUGGGAGCUCACGGCGUUGGAGAGGCACUUUAUUCCGACAGUGCCGUUGAUGGUGUCGGCAUUCGGCAGUACUGCAGAGGAUCAGGCGCCGCUGCGGUACGAGAAGACGUACGCGCGUCUCUUCACGGCAGAGGUGACACGGCCCAUUUCGAAAUCGCAGCUUCCGACUGUUGCCUACCGUGAGCCGCAGGAGGAAGAUGGCACCAGCGCCGUCCUACUCGUGUGA